AUGUCCCUCACCAACGCCUCCCCCGUCGAUGCCGCAAAGGGUGCGAAAUCGGCCUCUCACAUCCUCGCGACCCUCCCUGCCGAAGCCCGCAACGAUGCCCUCACGGCCAUCCACGCCGCUCUCGCCGAGGCAAAGGACGACAUUCUGGCCGCCAAUGCGCGCGACCUGGAGCUCGCUCGCAAAGCCGCCGCCGAUGGUCAACUGAGUCAGAGUCUCGUGUCCCGCCUGGACCUAGGCAAGAAGGGCAAGUUUGAGGAUAUGCUCAAGGGUAUCUUGGACGUGAGAGGUCUCGAGGACCCAGUUGGCAAAGUCACACUCAGAACCAAGCUGGACGACGGCCUCGUCCUGGAGAGAGUCACCUGCCCCAUCGGCGUCCUCCUCAUCAUCUUCGAGGCCCGCCCCGAGGUCAUCGCCAACAUCGCCUCCCUGGCCAUCAAGUCAGGCAACGCCGCCAUUCUCAAGGGCGGCAAGGAAUCCACGGAGUCCUUCAUCGCAAUCUCAAAAGUCAUCUCCGCCGCCCUCGACAAGUCUCAGGUGCCCAACCCGGCCGUCCAGCUCGUCACCACCCGCGACGUCAUCCCCCAGCUCCUCGCCCUCGACGACUCCAUCGACCUCGUCGUCCCCCGCGGCUCCAACGAGCUCGUGCGUUACAUCAAAGAGUCGACAAAGAUCCCCGUCCUCGGCCAUGCUGACGGCCUCUGCUCUAUUUACCUGACAGACUCCGCCGACGCCGAGAUGGCGGCCAAGGUCCUCGUCGACUCCAAGACGAGCUACCCGGCCGCCUGCAACAGCGUCGAGACCCUGCUCGUCCAGGAAUCCGCCCUCGACUCCGUCUUUCCCGCCGCCGCGGAGGCGCUAGUCGCGGCCGGCGUCACGCUGCACUGCGACGCCAAGUCCAAGGCCGCUGUCCAGUCCAAGAUCUCUGGCGACGCGGCCUCGAAGAUCGUCGAUGCCAAGGACGUAGACUACGACACCGAGUUUCUCUCCCUCGACCUCGCCGUCAAGGUCGUCUCGUCGCUCGAGGAGGCGGUGCAGCACAUCCACGCCCACGGGUCCAAGCACACCGAGUGCAUCCUCACCUCGUCGUCCGACGAGGCCGAGCGCUUCAUGGCGGCCGUCGACGCCGCGGGCGUGUACUGGAACGCGUCGACGCGCAUGGCGGACGGCAUGCGGUACGGCUUCGGCACCGAGGUCGGCAUCAGCACCAACAAGAUCCACUCGCGCGGACCCGUCGGGCUUGAGGGCCUCAUGAUUUACAAGUACAAGAUUCGCGGCCAGGGUCAGGUUUCGUUGGCGUACGGUGAGGGAGAGGGCCAGAAGCCGUUCAAGCACGAGAAGAUGGCUUUCUAA